AUGAGUGAGAUUGUUAAAGGUAUAAAAAGAUUUCAUGAGCAAGAUACAGAGAUUAAGAAAAAAAUUUACUCAAGUGAUUUGUAUGUGUCAAAAUAUGCCAACUGGAGAGACAGUUUAAGAUGUAACCUAUUAUCUCCUGAUCCUCGAGAAUUGCCAGACACUUGCAGAGAUAUAAUACUUGAGUAUUGGAAGCAUAUUACGAAGUUGGCAAGUAAAGUUACUGGGUUGUUGUCGGAGGCUCUAGGAUUAGAACAAGACCACCUUAAAAUGAUUUUUACUGAUUUUUUGGAACUUAGUGGUCAUUACUAUCCAGCAUGCCCUGAACCUGAACUAACCUUAGGGACAAGUAAGCAUUCAGACCCGAGUUUCUUUACACUUCUUCUCCAAGAUCAUAUCAGCGGACUACAAAUUCUGCAUCAGAAUCAGUGGGUUACUGUAAAACCCAUCCCGGGAACUGUAAUAGUAAACAUUGGAGAUCUUCUUCAGCUUAUCAGCAAUAACAAGUUCAAAAGCGCUGAACACAGGGUACUAGCCAAUCGCAAUGGACCAAGAGUAUCAGUGGCAUGUUUUCUGAAUACAAAAUCCAGUGACAACACAAAGAUUUAUGGUCCUUUGAAAGAGAUACUAUCAGAGGAGAAUCCCCCUAUUUACAAAAAUAUUAUGAUGAAAGAAUACAUUGAGCAUUACGUUAAGAAAGGACUUGGCGGUGUUUCCGCCCUGGAUCACUUUAAGUUGUCUAGUAAUUAG